GACUUUCCAAGUCGGUUUCCACUCUGUCAUCAUACGAGUCAUACCGAUAUUUCCUUCCUUUUUAAGUCUCCUAUAUAUACAUCCACACUCUGAUUUUUCUUCUAUCAAAUUCACUUUCAUUUUCUCAGAAAAAAAAUAAAACAAAUCCAAUUUCUUUCCAUCCUAAACACUCUUUUUUCUUCUCUGAUAAAAAAAACGAUUAGAAGAUUUUUCACCAUUAACAAUGGAGUGUAGACCUUUAGAAAUAACCCUAAUCUCCGCUUCUGACUUGAAAGAUGUCAAUCUCCUGUCUAAGAUGGACGUCUACGCCGUCGUUUCGAUCUCCGGUGACAACGCCAAGAAGCAAAAGACUCCCGUCGACAAAGACUCCGGUUCCAAUCCUAAGUGGAAUUACACCGUCAAAUUCACCGUCUUCGAGAGCGCCGUACAACAGAACAUGUUAACCCUCAAAAUCAAGAUUGUCUCCGAUCGUAGCUUCGGCGAUAAAGAGAUCGGCGAGGUCCAGGUCCCGAUCAAGGAGCUUCUGGAUAAUUACAAGGACGGUAGUGGCGAGAAGCGCAUGAGUUACAGCGUCCGCUUACCAAACGGAAAAGCCAAAGGUAAUCUCAACUUCGCCUACAAAUUUGGGGAAAAAUUUACGGCUCAAGCUCCAGUUCAGCCGGCUUAUAAGGCUGCGGCUGGAGAACCUGUCAUGGCUUACCCACCUGGUCAUGCUGCUGGACCCAGUCACGGGUACCCGGCUCCUGGCGGAUACCCACCAGCCGGAGCGUAUCCAUACCCUCCUCAAGCUGGGUACGCGCCUCCUCAUCCUCAAGCUGGGUACGGGCCUCCUCCUCCUCAAGCUGGGUACGGAUAUCCACCGGCGGCUGCACCCGGAUAUGGGUACCCACCAGCUUACCCGGUUCAACAACCGGGUUAUGGGUACCCGCCUCAGAAGCCGAAAAGGAAUGGUGGAAACAUGGCGCUUGGAUUGGGGGCCGGUUUGCUUGGCGGUUUGUUAGUCGGUGAUAUGAUUUCUGAUGCUUCCGAUAUGGGUGGCUUCGAUGAUGGAGGCUUUGAUUUUUAGAUUUUUUAUUUUUUUUAGUUUGUUUUAUUUUUCUUGUCAUCAGAAAAAGCGUGCUUUUUUCUAAUUACGAUGUAAAUGAUGGGAGGUUUUUUAAGUGAUCGAAAGGUUUAAUCGAAUAACUUAUCAUAGAAAAAUUGAUUCUUCA